CGCACCCUCCCCCCAUAAACCCCCAGCAUCAGUCCUGAGUGUCUUUGGUGGAAUUACGCACUCUUGGUGACUUUGUCCUCAGUCCUGUUUGUAGAAUCGGGAUCAUGGCAGAUUGGACCUCUUCGCUUUUGUGUUUUUGCACCCGGAUCCGGAGGACUCCGUUGGGUCAGUAGCUCCUCUUCAGCCCUCCAAGUGUGUCUGCGCACCGGCUCUGAGAAGUGAACAGGACUGCUCACAGGACUGCCCCGUACAGGGUGGAAAAUAAAACCAGAGGAGUUGCGCUCUGGAUGUUGAGGGAUCAUGCCGUCGAGGGUAUAGAUUUGGAGGCUUCUUGUGUUUGAGGUGAGGAAGAGGAACGAGCAAGAGGAGUGGAGGUGUGAGUGGAUGCAGAGAUGGCUGAUGCAUAGAGGAGCAACCCAGCAGAAGACGACGCAGACAAAACACAGACAAUAACAGGAUGAAAAUGUGGAGGAGGUCAGCUUGGCCUUUGCAGGUGGCCUUCCUUGUUGCCUUGGUGAUGCUCUUCAUUGGCCCGGUGUCCGCUGGCAACCGUAACCAUCGAGGACCGACAGUCUCGUACCAGGUGAAGCAGGGGACGUGUGAGGUGGUGGCCAUCCAUCGCUGCUGCAAUAAGAAUAAGAUUGAGGAGCGCUCUCAAACUGUCAAAUGUUCCUGUUUCCCCGGUCAAGUUGCUGGCACCACCAGAGCCAGACCCUCCUGCGUGGAAGCCUCCAUCGUUGCCCAGAAGUGGUGGUGCCACAUGCAGCCGUGCAUGGAGGGGGAGGAAUGUAAGGUGCUACCUGACCUGACUGGCUGGUCCUGCAGCACUGGCAACAAAGUCAAAACCACCAAGGUCACACGAUAGCAAGAGAAUCAGUGAACUGGGAAGAAGCCUCUAACGCUCCACAUGGAAAGGAUGGUUAUCUCCCAUAUUUACCAUACAAUGAGGAAAAGACCACAGACUCAAAUGCUGACAGACUAUCCAUCACAGAACAAUGGGAUCAGUUGCGCUCAUUACAAACUAUUUGGCUGUGUGAAGCCAAACAUAGUGAAUACACAGUAUCUUGGCUAUUGAGACUUUUGGACUGCAGUCAUGGACACCCAGGGUAUAUCUGGACAAGACUGGACUCUUAUUUUCCAAUAAUGGUGUUAACUGAUAAGAGAAAACAAAGUGUAUUUCAAACACUAAGCAUAUUUUAAAGUAUAUAUUUCAGCAUUUGUGAAUGAGUGUGAGAGCUGAGAGCUGUUGUUAACAUGUAGAGCUUGCUCUGGAGAUAGUAGAGAUUAUCUGGAAGAAAUAAAAGAGAUAGAAUCUCAUAACUAGCAAAUAGCAAAUUAGCAUCAAAUUGCUCUUGUGGGUAAAAUCGCUAUUGUGACGACUGUUCCGCGAGAGUCAUUUUGCAGUUCUAAUUAGAUGCUGCAGUGUAGGAUCACAACAACAUAUUAAAAAUUCAUGUAAGAUAUUUGCACUAGUUGAAACUGUUUUGGGGAAUGUUUUGUUUUUAUUAUCAUACAUCUCCCAUCUUUUGCUGUGGAUGUCACAUACAGCUGGCACAUUUUGUAAAAGCGUCUGACACUUGAAAUAGAUCAAUAUAUUCCUCGCCCCUUUAUAACUUUGUAGUUAUUGGUUAAAAAUGGCUCUGAGUUUGGAGUCCUGCUUACUUACAGCUUGUUGCAAUAUGAACCAACUCAUCUAUCUCAUCUUAACUCAGCAGCAUUGUCAAACUUUCAAAUUUCUCUACAUAUAUUUGGCCUAUUAUAUUCUGUCUGUGACAUCUUUUCUGUUAACUGUUGAAAGACGAACCAUAAAGUGUUUAAACAUGGUAAA